CAGCUGAGAUUUGCAUUGUCAAGCUCAGGAUCUUGGCGCAUCAUUGAUGACAAAUUCAACAAUCAAGAAUUUUACGACAACAUAGUCAACUAUCUGGAGCUUCCUACAAUGCCAGAAGCAGCGAGAGAAAUCGAUGAUCUCUUACUUUGGUGGAAUCAAAAAGUUUUCGGUCGAAGAGUUGUUUCCAAUUAUCGCCCACAA